GUUGAGCGGCGCGAGGAUGGCGGCGACCGGAGCGGGAGCAGCCGGUGGAACAGCGGGGGGAACCGGGACUGGAGCGGCCGGCACCGGAGCCUCGGUCGGCAGAAAGAAGGACGGAGGACCGUCCGCUAAGUUCUGGGAGAGCGGAGAGACGGUGUCGCAGUUGGAGGCGGUGCGGCUGUGGAUCGGAAAACACUACAAAAAGUAUGUCCAGGCCGACUCUCCGUCAUGUAAGUCUCUGGCAGGACUGGUGGUGCAGCUGCUCCAGUUUCAGGAGGACGCGUUUGGCCGCAGGGUGAGCAACCCGGCCCUCACCAAACUGCCUGCAAAGAGCUUCUUGGACUUCAAGCCAGCUGGAGCACUGUGUCAUAUUCUGGGUUCAGCCUACAAGUUCAAGAGUGAGCAGGGCUGGAGAAGAUUUGAUCUGCAGAAUCCAUCCAGAAUGGACAGGAAUGUGGAGAUGUUCAUGAAUAUCGAGAAAACGCUUGCUCAGAACAACUGCCUGACUCGACCUGUUGUGUACAUUUCAUCUGAUGUGGACCAAAAGCAAGCGAGCAAACUCAAAGACAUCAUCAAGAGACAUCAGGGCUCCAUCACUGACGAUAAGUCCAAAGCAACUCACCUCAUCUAUCCCUCCCCAUCACAGUCUGAGGAAGAGGAGUGGCUGCGUCCUGUUAUGCGGAAAGACAAGCAGGUGCUGGUUCACUGGGGCAAUUACCCAGACAGUUACGAUACCUGGGUGUCCCCCAGUGACGUGGAUGGAGAGGUCGAGGACCCACCGAGCUCAGAGAAACCUUGGAGGGUGCAUGCCAAAUGGGUGUUGGACACGGACGCAUUCAACGAGUGGAUGAAUGAGGAAGACUACGAGGUAGACGAGAACAGGAAGCCGGUGAGCUUCAGGCAGCGCAUCUUCCCCAGAGAAGAGGAGUCUUCCCGUACGCCCGAUCGUAAGGAGCGAAAGUCCCUGGCCGGAGGAAAGAAGAGGCGGCGCUCUCCGUCUCCACCGAGCACCCCCGCUGAGUCCCGCAAGAAGGGCGGCAAGAAAGGGAAUCCAGGGCCGCACUGGAAACGCCGUGGUCACCGUGAUGACGAUGAGCAGGAUGAAGAUCUCACCAAGGACAUGGAGGAUCCUUCACCUGUGCCAGGAAUGGAGGAGGUCUCGCUGCCGAAAAACGUGAAUCAGAAAAAAGACAGUGAGAACGCACCAGUCAAAGGAGGAACUGUGGCUGAUCUGGAUGAACAGGAGGAUGGCUCAGUAGCAUCUGGUGGCAAGGAUGACGAAGAACAGGGUAAAAUGGAGGUGAACCGUCUGAUCGACUCUAGUGAAGACAACGUGACCGAACAAACCCAUCACAUCGUCAUCCCCAGCUACUCCGCCUGGUUCGACUACAACUCUAUCCAUGAAAUCGAAAGACGGGCAUUGCCAGAGUUCUUCAAUGGCAAGAACAAAUCAAAAUCUCCAGAAAUAUAUCUGGCUUAUCGUAACUUCAUGAUUGAUACGUACCGGCUGAACCCGCAGGAGUACCUCACCUCCACCUCCUGCAGGCGCAACCUGGCCGGAGACGUGUGUGCUGUGAUGAGGGUGCAUGCGUUUCUGGAGCAGUGGGGCCUCGUUAAUUAUCAGGUGGACGCGGAGAGCAGGCCGCUGCCCAUGGGACCCCCUCCUACAUCCCACUUCAAUGUCCUGGCCGAUACUCCCUCCGGCCUUGUACCGCUACACCACCGCCCUCCGCAGGUUCCCCCUGCUCAGCAGAUGUUGAACUUUCCAGAGAAAAGCAAAGACAAGCCCACAGACCUGCAGAACUUCGGCCUGCGGACAGACAUGUACUCUAAGAAGAAUCCGAAGACUAAAGGAGGCAGUACCAGAGAGUGGACUGAACAGGAAACUCUGCUGCUGUUAGAGGCUCUGGAGAUGUAUAAGGACGACUGGAACAAGGUUUCAGAGCACGUGGGGAGCCGCACACAGGACGAAUGUAUUCUGCAUUUCCUCCGGCUGCCUAUUGAAGACCCGUACCUAGAAAACUCUGAGACGACCCUCGGACCCCUGGCCUACCAGCCAGUCCCCUUCAGCCAAUCAGGAAACCCCGUCAUGAGCACUGUGGCCUUCCUCGCCUCUGUGGUGGACCCCAGAGUGGCCGCUGCUGCUGCCAAGGCUGCCUUAGAGGAGUUUUCUCGUGUGCGUGAGGAAGUUCCGGCGGAGCUGGUGGAGGCUCAUGUGAAGAAGGUGCAGGAGGCAGCCAGAAACACGGGGAAGGUGGAUCCAUCCUUCGGCCUGGAGAGCAGUGGCAUUGCUGGCACUGCACCAGAAGAGCCAGAGAAAACAGAAACAGCAGAACCUGAGAAGAUGGACACAGAUUCAGAGGCUCAACAGCCAGAUAAGGCCGAGUCAAAAGACGAGGCAGAGAAGCCGAGCGAUUCAGCAGAGAAACCAGCAGAAGGAGAGAAGGUGAAAAGCGAAACGACAGAAAAACCUGAGCGUGAGGAAGAAGAGGGUGAAGGAGGAGAGCCAAAGGCUGCAGCAGCCGAUGCUGAGAAAGAAAAGGAGGAGGCGAUGGAAGUGUCUGAGGAAGGGAAGGAAGCCGGCGACAUGCCAGAGGAGAGCAGGAAGAAGCUGGAGCUGGAUGUGGGAGAAGGAAACAUUGCUACUGCUGCAGCAGCCGCGCUUGCCUCCGCUGCUACUAAAGCUAAGCACCUGGCCGCUGUAGAGGAGAGAAAGAUCAAGUCUCUGGUGGCUCUGCUGGUGGAGACUCAGAUGAAGAAGCUGGAGAUUAAACUUCGUCACUUCGAGGAACUGGAGACGAUAAUGGACAGAGAGAAGGAGGCGCUCGAGCUCCAGAGGCAGCAGCUGUUGACGGAGAGGCAGGCGUUCCACAUGGAGCAGCUGAAGUACGCAGAGAUGAAGGCUCGUCAGCAGAUGGAGCAGCAGGCGGCGGCAGCAGCUGCAGCAGCUCAGCAGGGCGCAGGGGGUCACCAUGGAGCUCCACCUCAGCCUCAUGGACCUCCAGGACAUGGCCCCCCACCACAUGGACCACCGCCCCAUGGCCCUCUGCCACACGGACCCCCGCCGGGCAUGCACCCCGGUCACCCCGGUCAUCCUGGGCCCGGGUACCCCCCAAUGCACCACCCCAUGGGACCCCACCACCCACCACAGACAGGACCAAUGGUUGGACCAGGUCAGCCCAUGCCAGGCCGAAUGAUGCCAGGGCCCCCUGCUGGUGGACCGCCGCCAGGCGGGAUGCCCCCUAUGAUGGGCCCUAGACACCCGGGAGCCCCCAACGGCCUGUAUCCUGGCCCACCUCCUCCUGCACAGCCUGAUGGUAUACCACCGGCUCCAGCGUCUGCGCUCCCUGCUCGCCCAGCCGAGAACUAAAACCCCCGCCUGCAAACACACACAAACACACACUUCUUUCAGACACCUCCUGACUUUAUGACGGCUCUUUUAUUCUGAUAUUGACCUGCUCUCUGAAAUUUCUACUGAUUGGCUUUCAGCCCCAAAUCCCCACACAAUGAAAUCUCACAUACACCGUACAACGCGCGCACUCGCGGUCUGGGCACACAGGUGGACGUACUGUUUUUCCUGCACCUGCUGCCUGCACUCUGGCCUUCUGUUUUCUCCUCUGGCCUGUAGGGGGCACUACUGUAGAAAAUAGUGUUUCUCAAUUCUGGAGUACCCCUGUUUUCUCUUGCUCAUUUACAAGCCCUUCUUGAGCUGAACUGGUUGUGUUAGGGAGGGAAAAAGAAAAAUACUGUACAGUAGGGCUGCACGAUAAUGACAAAAUGCCAGAUUUGCAAUUGGGGAUAUAUUAAAAUGCAUUAAGGAUUGGCCUGCAUUCUUGACUUCUGUCUAAAAUAUUUUACUUUGGUUGGAUUGCAUGAGUGCUUUCAUCAGUGCACCCAAAGUACACAAUAUAAAACACUGCGUUUGACUGGAGAGCUCAUUUGCAUA